AUGACGCAGUUUGUCGUCGCCUGGACGGGUCUCGAGACUUCGUUGGGCGCCAUAGCCCGUAUAACACUCUUUGAAGGCGAGAGACCAGCCGAAGAAGACAGCGGCAGCCUGGAGUCAGGAGUCCCUCUGGAAGCCGAGGCCGUUCGUGGUCCUGGCAGCGGCGCCCUACGCUUUGAGAAUGUUUGGGGAACGUACGAUGCAAAGGCUGGUUGGACUGGGGGAUUGGACCGAGACUCCUCGCAUCUCGGCCGAGAAUGGAGUCUCCGAGGCGUCAGUCUAGACGUAAAGCCCGGUGAACGCAUCGCUGUAUGCGGAAAGACGGGCUCUGGCAAGUCAACAAUGCAUCUGGCGCUGCUGCGGAUGGUCAAUAUGCCGAUUGGAUCUAUCUUCAUCGAUGGGAUAGACCACUCCAACAUUUCCCUGGAGGCUCUUCGAAAGGGCUUCUACGCCAUUUCCCAAGACAGCCUGGAGGGCUUCGAUCAUUUGCGCCAGCAGCUAAACCCCAUUGAGGCCGGAUCAGACGAGACGUCGACAAGAAGAACGGAAGAGAAGAUGGAGAUGUUGAUCAGAGCCCGUCUAAACGGAAGGACACUUAUUGCUAUCAACCACAGGCUUGAGGCAGUGAUGGAAUAUGACCGUGUUGUAGUGCUACACAACGGAAUGGUUGCUGAUGUUGGUACGCCGGCAGAACCUGCCCAGCAUGUUUUGGCCAGUCGGCGCUUUGCCGCUUUGACCAGUCGUUUUGACGUUGGUGACGGUCGCGACAGCGAUAGCAAUGAUUACGACCGUGUGAAGCUCGUACGGCUAACGUACGAGUACGCACGCUCUGAGGAGUCAAGAAACAACUUUCUGAGAGCCUCCUUCGAGAUUGCGUCUCUCCCGAUGGACACAGAGGAGGACAACCUGGAUGGUGAUACAGAACAUCUGCAUGAUGCCUUGAUCGACUUUGCAGACUACCUAUUCGACAAUUUCUUCUUGCCGAGUAUGGGAUUAUCGUCGGCUUGUUUUACCAUCCAUUGCUGA